UAACUUGAGAGAUGGUGAAUCAUUACAAGAAAAUUGUUCUAAUGUUCGGAUUAGAACGUAUCAAUGACUAUAACUUUAGAACGCUUAAGUCCUUACUGACCCAUGACCUAAAACUGACUCAGAAAAUGCAAGAUGAUUAUGACAGAAUUAAGAUUGCUGACUUAAUGGAAGAAAAGUUCCCAGAGGACGCUGGAUUGAGCAAACUGAUAGAAGUGUGGGAAGGUAUUCCAGAAUUUGAAGAUCAUGCUGAUACGCUUAGAAAAGAGAUGGAGAAAGUUAGAAACAAAGCCGAAAGAAACUCUGAAUCCAGUACUCCCCUACUUACCUCCAACAAGAUGGAAAUUCCAGAAGUAGAGCCAGCUAGGACGACGUCUUCAUCAGAGGAAAGCAAAGAUGUUAUCCCUGACAUUAUAAAAGCCCAGUUUUUGAUGGAAGAGUCUAACCUUCCAGAACUUUCAGCAACCAACACAUGCCCAGCUAAGAGUGAACCCCUAACUUCCAGCUGCCUCCAGACGCCAUUGGAGCGUUCAGAAAUAUCAUCCACCAUAUUGGCAACAUCUCAAGGUUCUUCAGCUCCAUGUUCCACCUAUGUCAAGGUUUCCCAGGUGUCUCCAGUAACGAUGUCCAGGAGCAUCCAGAAUAUCCAGACCUGUCAAAAAACCUCAACACUUUCUUAUAAUCACCAAGCUACCCUGAUGUCUCCAAAAGCAGAGCCCAGCAGUGUCCUGGCCUUUCAAAUAACCCCAGCAACAAUGACCAGUGGUCACAAUAGUCCUCGGGUGCCUGCAGCAACAGUAUCCAGCAGUUUCAAUAAACGUCAGAUGACUCCAGCCACAGUGCCCAGCAGUGUGGAGGCCCCAUGGAUGCCUCAAGCAAUAGUGACCACCAGUGUCCAGACCUCUCAAAUGACCCCAGCAACAAUGACGAGUGGUCACAACAGUCCUCGGGUGCCUGCAGCAACAGUAUCCAGCAGUUUCAAUAAACGUCAGGUGACCCGAGCCACAGUGCCCAGCAGUGUCCGGACCUCUCAAAUGACCCCAGCAACAAUGACCAGUGGUCACAACAGUCCUCGGGUGCCUGCAGCAACAGUAUCCAGCAGUUUCAAUAGACCUCAGGUGACCCGAGCCACAGUGCCCAGCAGUGUCCGGACCUCUCAAAUGACCCCGGCAACAAUGACCAGUGGUUGUAAUGGUCCUCAGGAGCCUGCAGCAACAGUAUCCAGUGGUUUCAAUAAAUCUCACAUGACUCCAGCCACAGUGCCCAGCAGUGUGGAGGCCCCAUGGAUGAUGCCUCAAGCAAUAGUGACCACCAGUGUCCAGACCUCUCAAAUGACCCCAGCAACAAUGACCAGUGGUCACAACAGUCCUCGGGUGCCUGCAGCAACAGUAUCCAGCAGUUUCAAUAAACGUCAGGUGACCCGAGCCACAGUGCCCAGCAGUGUCCGGACCUCUCAAAUGACCCCAGCAACAAUGACGAGUGGUCACAACAGUCCUCGGGUGCCUGCAGCAACAGUAUCCAGCAGUUUCAAUAGACCUCAGGUGACCCGAGCCACAGUGCCCAGCAGUGUCCAGACCUCUCAAAUGACCCCGGCAACAAUGACCAGUGGUUGUAAUGGUCCUCAGGAGCCUGCAGCAACAGUAUCCAGUGGUUUCAAUAAAUCUCAGAUGACUCCAGCCACAGUGCCCAGCAGUGUGGAGGCCCCAUGGAUGAUGCCUCAAGCAAUAGUGACCACCAGUGUCCAGGCCUUUCAAAUGACCCCAGCAACAAUGACCAGUGGUCACAAUAGUCCUCGGGUGCCUGCAGCAACAGUAUCCAGCAGUUUCAAUAAACGUCAGGUGACCCCAGCAACAGUGCCCAGCCGGGUCCAGACCUUAGGAAUGACCCCAGCAGCAAUGACCAGUGGUUGUAAUAAUCUGCAGGUGACCCCAGCAACAGUGCCCAGCAGUCACAAUACCCCUCAGGUGUCUUCUGCAACAGUGCACAGUGCUACCUUGGUGUCUCCAGCAACACCACUCAAGAAACCAAGACUGAAGAAUGUACCUACACAACCUUCUGAAGAAGACGGUCAACGGCAAGAUUCCAAACAAGUGAUGGUGUUAAAAGCAACAAAGCCAUUCACAUAUGACAUGAGAGGAAACAAAAGGAUGUUCCAUGCCACUGUGGCUACAGAGACUGAAUUCUUCAGAGUGAAGGUGUUUGACAUAGCCCUCGAGAAAAUGUUCAUCCCUAAUAAAGUCAUUGUCAUCUCAGAUUAUUUCGGCUACAAUGGGUUUCUAGAGAUACACAAAACCGACUGUGUAGCAGAAGUGAAUGGCAACAAUGUGAUGAAUAUCCCAUCUUCCCUGAGACAAAGAGCCAACUCAACACCUAAAAUUGAUACUCUUUGUACACAAAGAGAAGGAACAUUUGUGAAUGGAAUAUUUAAAGUAUAUGAGAAAACAGUGAAGAGUGAAUUCACUUACUACAGAAUAGAAGAUCGAACAGGGAGAAUGGAAGUGGUGGUAUACGGACAAUUGGCCAAUCUAUACUGUGAGCCUGGGGAUAAACUUAGACUCUUCUGCUUUGAGCUGAGCUCAAGUUUUGACAAUUGGCAGUUGAGAUCUGUGAGGCACAGUUAUAUGCAGGUCAUCCAGAAUAGGAAGAGAAUCAGUAGACCUCUCGAUCCUUAUGCAAUUAUUGAAACAGCUCAAAGCCCCUAUUGA